CUUCUUUCAAUCUUCAAUCACUUCAAAAUUUGUGCUUAGUUAUCGAAAUUUUGUUUCCUGAGCAGAAUUAACCGGAUUUUGCUGGCUGCAAGCCAUUGGUCGUCUAGCAGGUCUUUGCAAUGUGCUCAUGGAACGACAACGUACACGAGUAUGGACUCAAACUACAUUUGAAAAGCCAAAUUUUCAAAACCACUCAAAUUUCGAUGGUAAGUCAGACUUAGUCAGUCUACCGUGGCCAUGAAAUACAGCAAAUUUCUUAUACAGUUAUUUAAUAUUAUUUAUAUUUCAUGUGUAGUCUGGUCUUGUAUUGCAGUAAUAGAAGUAUUCACCGUUUAUUUAACGAAUUUUAACACGUAUUCACAAAUGAUAGUAGUGUUUAAUUUGUAAAUAAAGUUAAAUGUUUGCAAUUUGCUACCAUAACUAAAUGAAUUGUUGACCAGUAUUAAGUAAGAUUUUCUAAAUGCAAUUAAUAAUGGUAUUGAAAGACAGAUUUAAAGUAAUAUGUACUGUUGCCUGUUGGGAAAUAAUGUCAAAAGAUUGCAUUCAAUAAUUGACAUAAUCAUGUAUUUCAUCAUAGUGGUUUCAUGUGCAAUAUUGAGUAUGACGUCAAAUGGAUUAAUUAAAAUGGGUGUGGCCAAGGAGUGUACUUGUCAAUGUUCGGAAAUUUAAAAAUGGAUAUUAAUGCCCAGUGAACAAUUUCUGAAGAAAUCAUGACAGCACACUUUAAAGACCUUGUAAAGUCUGUUCUGCACAGGCUGACAUGCCAAUGGUCGGGACCCGGCCGUUGGAAUGUUAUUAAUAUUUUGUAUCUUUUGAACUUUCUUGAAUUGAAUCUCUAGUCUGUAUUCAUUUACAAGCAUAGCGAACCAGAAGAGUGUUAAAAAUUCAGUAUUAUAUCUAAUCAUAUUUUACAACUGUAGCACUGAGUUUAAAAUGUAAACAAAGCGUUUGUUUACAUUACGGACUUUACAUUGUCUUUAAAUUAACAGACAUUUCAACUUUCUCAAUUUUCCUAGGAAUCUCCCGAAAAUUCAUGCAAUCUCCUGGGUUUUUAUCCUAAACAUACUGUUUUAGCAAUAUAAUAGUCUGUUUUGACCUUUUUAUGAACUAAGAUAGUUUUAUAUGUGACUAUUGAGUACAAAAUAAUUUAGGAGAAUUAUCUAACUUGAAGAUUCAGAAAUACAGAAUUAAGGAAAUAUUGUUAAAAAAUCCUGAACAUACUGUUUUAGCAAUAUAAUAGUCUGUCUUGACCUUUUUAUGAACUAUGAGAGUUUUAUAUGUGACAAUAGACUACAACAUAAUUUAAGAGAAUCAUCUAACUUUUAGAUUCAGGAAUUCAGACAGACGUGAUACAUGCACUUGAAAGACGUAUUCCAAAUCAUUUCCUUGUUAUCGCUCUGGUCAAACAACUUUGUACACUUUACAUUGAAGAUGCAGACAAACGUACAGAAACAUUUAAUGGUACAGUACAAAAUACCCAAAGAGAAAUAAUAUUUUUUAUGACUUGUAAACUUUUAAUCUUGGUCCUCUUUUCUCCUCUGUUUUUAUGUAGUUAUAUGUGAACAACUGGCCAGGAUGAAAGUAAGCAAAGUUUUCAUGCUUGAAUAAUAUCCAUUGUGAUGCAUGCAUGCAUGACCGAAUUCACCCGCGCGGGCAAAGCACUCCUGCCUUUAUGUACAAGUGUGAGAAUGUACUUAUUGAGAAAGUUUGUGUCACUGUCAAAUUAAAUUUAUUUCCAGAUAUUACCAACAUUUGCACUUCAUGAAGAUUUCAGUGUUGUCCGUGAGAAAUACAUUGCAGCUUUUCACAAUGUGCUUUUGACAGCUGCUGGAGCUAAUGUAAGUCAUUUAAUUUAAUGUGUUUAUUAUAAUGUCAACAUUCAACCAAAUUUAUACUUGUUAAUAAUGCCAGUGGCUAUUUCAGAAAACAUCCACACUUCCUGCACAGAGGAAACAGGGAAUUAACCCUCGAUCCUCACCCUAUGAUAUUAUCAGAAGUAGAUUUUAUUCUGAGCAGCACACAUACAUUUUGUCUGUGGAAGGAGUGUUGAAUGAUUUUUUCUUUAACAACUGCAUUAUUUUGUGACUUUAGGACAGUCCACUCAAAAUACCAGUUCGACCAGGCGGAAUAUCUUUAGUUGGAAGGUAAAUGAACUAAAUGUAAUUUAUGAAGAAAGAUAGAAUUUUGAGUUCAGGUCAAUAAUAAUAAUAAACAACUUUAUUCAAUAUGUAAUGUUAAAUAAAUUCUCCCCUACACUUAGAUGUCCUGCAGUGUCCAAACAACUUCUCCAGGCACAGAAACUACUCAAUUACAACACAUCGAGAUACAAAGAGGAAUUUCAAGAACUUGAGAAAUUGGGAAAAGGAGGCUUUGGAAGUGUAUACAAGGUAUUAUAUAACACAAAAUUGUACAGUAAGUACUAUGUAUUGCACAAUGUAUUAGAGAGUUUAAGCUUCGCGUUAUACAGAGGCGCCAGAAUAUCGAUAAUUGGGGGGGGUGGCAGAUAUUCAUAUAUUUGUGUUCUGCCCAAUUAAUUUCUUUUGAAAUCGAUUGUUUUUACAGUCUGUGAACACGAAUAUAAGAAUAUCUGCCCCCGCAAUUAUCGAUAUUCCGGCGCCUCUGGCGUUAUACAUCAAACGCCAAGCAAAGAAAAAUUUUUACAGUAUCAGGCAAUAAAAAGUCAAUUAACUUUGCUGUUUUAAAACUGAAAUACAUAAUUAUUCUUUCAACGCAAAAAAGAAAUACGAAACAAAAAUGUUCAAUGAAAAUUUUGCCAAGAAAGUUCAAACCUGCCGUUUGCCUUUCCCGGAAACGUGAAGCUUAAACUCCUUGUACUGCGAUGUACAGAAUACAAAUAUGCCCAUUUACAGAAAUCUUUAUUUAAACUUGGACUUUUUUCUAAAUUAGGUAAAGAAUCGACUGGACGGUCGUGAAUAUGCAGUGAAGAAAGUUUAUUUAAGUGAAAAAGAUCUUCCAAAUUGUUUCAAGGUAUGUAAUUGUCCUACUGUAUGUCUAUACAACAUUACAUGGGAGUCAGUAUUUUAAUGGUUUGUUAAUCUUGUUUUGGAUUCAGUAAAAAACAAGCUUUUUCGUUUCCUAGGUAUUACGGGAAGUAAAAGUUCUGGCACAAUUACGUCAUCCGAAUGUUGUUGGUUACCAGUCUGCCUGGUUGGAAUCUGUAACCAGUGAAAAUACCAUGUCAACAAAUGUUCCAAGUAAAUAACCUUACAAUAUCAUGGAAGAAAAGGGGAUAAAGGCCCAUUUCCACUCAAGAAAAAUUUCCACGGACAGAAAAUUUUCCAAAAAUAUAAUUUGUUAAGUUGAAAAAUUAAAUUUUUUCCGACGCAAAAUUUGUGCUGGCCAAUCACAUUUUACAAGAACAGACGCCCUAAUAGUCACAUUUACUGUUACAGGAAUAUCAACGCAUCCAGGUCGAUUAAUGGAUCUCGAUUCCCACUCCAAUAUUUUCCACAGGUAUAGAAGCUUGGGGUUUAUUUGUAUUAGUAAUAUACAACAGGAUUACGCUACUUUAUAGUGAACAUAUUGAAUUCAAUCCUCAUAGGGCUGAUUCACAGGAGAGUGAUGGCAGUCAUAUAGUAUUCAAGACCUCAGACACAAGUUUUGACGGUGAUAGUUCUGUUGGCCAUAACGAAGCAGUUGCAAGUCCACCAACUUCCCCUGGUAAUUUUAAAGGUACAUAUGACCACAUUUGCUGAUAAAAUGGAAAAAACCCACCUUACUGAUAUUGGAACUAUGCAGAGGAACUAUCCGCCCUCGAAACGUUAAAGUACACAUGUAACUUGUAACAAACCUACAGCAGACUUGUAGCAAUGCUGUUCCAAAAACUUGUCAACAAGAUGUAUUCGCACUGCUUGUUUCAACUUCACAGCUUGUUGACAACUUGCUAAAACGUUGUUGAACUCAACAGACUUGUUACAAGUUGUUCCAAUAACUUGUUAUCGUCCUGUAAUUCAACAACUAUUUAACAAGUUGUGAGUGACAACCUUGUAGCAACUUAAAUAACUGAUAAAAUAACAACAUUGUUACAACUUGUUGCCAAGCUUGCUGCAAGCCUGUUGCGAACACAUUUUGUUGACAAGUUGUGAGUUUUUUAUGUGUGUAUGUACUUUUAACCUUUUCCAGAUAGUUUAUAUACAAACCACGGCAGAUUAUUAAAAACACUGAGCUUCCACGUUCUUUGUUUUCAUUUUAGGACCUUUGUUAAGUCCAUGCAACAGUUUAAUGUCGAUGAAUAGUUUGGGAAUCCAAAGAUCAGCAUCGGACGCGAAUCUUGAACGCUUCACGAACUCCAAGUCGUACAAGAAGAGUCAUCUUCAUCUUCACAUUCCAAACAACAUCAAGAAAAGUCAUAACUAUAGUAAAGAAUCGGACAGUUCAAAUACUGGGGAUUCAAUAAAUGGGAAGGUAAGAAACGUGCGAGGUUUCAUUGUAUUGAACCAGCACUUGUCGUGUCGUGGUCACCGCGCUGGCCUUUCCCAGCCGGGUUCAAUCCUUCGUAGGACCUCUACUCAAGGUCUUAAACUAAUUGAGGAGAAAGAGCUACCUUUACAUUGACAUCAGUAAAUGGUUAGACUUUCGCGUCUUCUCGGAUAAGGACGUUAAAAUCGUAGUUACCUCGGAUCCCGUAUGAAUUGGACAAUACUCAAUACUCAAUCGCCUGUUGGGAAAUCCACUCACCAUUGACUGAGUGAGAAACCUCGAUAAACUCAAAUGAGUUCGUUUGAUUGUAAACUACAGUAUUACAAUUUCUCUUCCAGGGUUUUGGUAUAGUGUUAUUUAUCCAGAUGGAAUUAUGCGACAUCACGUUAAGACAAUGGCUACUGGAGAGAAACCAGGAACUCAUAAACAAUGGUACGCUGGUGUAUUAUAGAUUUUGGGGCAGUAUUUACACAACACCUGCUUGGACAGUUUUGGGUGCUUCAAUGGUUUCUCGAUUCUCUGAACUGCAUGCUAUAUUAACUUAAUAUGCAUGAUAGCUCGAGCAGUUAACUCUUCUUUGUAGAGGUCAAGUAAAUGGCAUCCCUGUUAUUUUGUUUAGGAGGACAAGUCAACAGAAAGGAAAAUAUGAACAUUUUUAAACAAAUUGCCGUCGGAGUGAAUUAUAUUCAUUCGCAGGGCUUAAUUCAUCGAGACUUGAAGGUUGGUAUUUUUUAAUACUGUAGCUACUGUGGUUUCUGUCUAUCUGAACAUCCUUUAGUUAUUGUCUCUCAGGAGAAAUCUAAUUAAUCUCGUGUGUAUCUAAUUUUCGUAGCCCAGCAAUAUAUUCCUGCAUCGGGACAAACGGUACGAUGAUUCGUACGAAUAUCGGGUGAAGAUCGGAGACUUCGGUCUGGCCCGGACAGACCUGUUUCGUGCUGAUCCUCCAAAUGGCACGGAGUUUACAUCACUGAUUGAACCUCUUACGCCAUUAUUUCCCGGAGGUUAGUUCUCUAUUAUUAUGUCUGGUUUGGACGUUAUGACCCUACCGCUGACCAUGUCAAGCAAACCAAUCUAAACCAAGUUGAUGACAACAAGCUCUUAGCAACUUGUUAUGAACAGCCUGUAUUGUUGCAAGUUUGCUACCGUCAACAAGUCUGUUACUUGUAACUGGGCGUUCGAACCUUAGUUUCUGUCAUCUCGAAUCUCGCCAAUACUCGUAGAAAUGACUCUAAUAUUUUCGCACCUUUAUUCCAUUUACUAGAUAGCCCCAGUGUUGCAUCACCCUCGAGUCAGACACUUGGUGUUGGCACAUGUACAUAUGCGUCCCCAGAACAGCUCCAUAACAAAGAAUACUGUUUCAAAGUAGAUAUUUAUAGUUUGGGAAUCGUACUGUUCGAGUUUUUCCAACCGUUCAAUACAGAUAUGGAGAAACAUAAAUGUAUUAAAGAUCUAAGGAAAGGUGUUGUACCACACGAGUUUCGACAACUUUGGCCAGAACAGGUUGGUGACUCUAUAGAAUUCCUAGUUAAUAAUCCACCCAAAAUAAUCUGGUAAUCAACACAAUCAACCAUAUAGCGCAGGGAUGGAUUUAAGCAAAAAAAUAUUAGAGACAAAAUGAGAUACAGUAAUUUGAGUAAUGACAUGAUGAUAAGCGAACUGUGAACAACAAUUACAAUUCUAAUACAGUAGUCAAGCAGGACUUUGUAGCAGUCAAGCAAAUUGAUGGGCGGGUGGCGCAACACCCCCCCCCCCCCACCCAUGCUGGAUCCAUCCCUGAUAUAGCGUAUAGUUAAAUUAGCCAGCACUAUGAUCAAAUUAACUGUGGUUGAACUAACCAGGAAAUUUAACCAAUGCACAUUACGUUGCCCAAAUUAGAGGGUUAAUUUUAAAUUAACCAGAACAUUUUUAACCUGGGUGAUUCUGGGGUGUAACAGUUGUGAUCAUUUGUGUUUUCAGACUGAUUUAAUCCUCCUUAUGAUGGCAAAAGACCCCGAAAACAGACCAACAGCGGACGAUAUUGUUUCAAUGGAUAUUGUUAGUGAGAAGAAUAAGGUAAUAUGGUUAUAUAAAUGUGCAUGGAGUGAAGUACUGGCUCACAAUCGUCAAAAUUAAAUGUUGAAAAAAUGCAAAAUUAACGUUCGUACAAGACCUAUUCAUAGUCACGAAGUCUGGCAAAUACAACAGUUUAAUACUGAGUUAGUUCCCGCAAACAUUUCUUACAAAUCCUUCAAAACGUAGAAUUUACCCAUGCAAAAUUCCUACAAAAUUCCUGACAGUGUAAACCACGCUUUACCGUACUGAUUUAAUUCUUAUUCUGGUCCAUUGCAGUGUUUUGCUGAGAUGCUGACAAAGUUAGAAACAGAACAAAAAGAGAACGAAUUUCUGCGAGAGAAAAUCCGUCAACUUGAACUCGAGUCAAGAAAAAAAGACGACCUGCUCAUGCAGUUACGAAGUGAACAGAAACUAAAGUGUGAAUUGUGUGGAAAGUUGACGUUCUAGGAUUGAGAGACUCUAGGAUAAAUAUUUUCAGCUUGAGUCCACCUGUUUGACAUCUAAUGCAAAUUGCUAAUGUCACUGAUGUUUCCAUCUUUUAUCUCUCUUUGUCGUUAUGCUUUUCAUAAUAUGAAAAUGCAUAAAGACAGAGCUAUCCAGAUUUAACUUGUGCAAAUUACAAGAAACGUUCAAGGUCGCUUGUCACGGGAGUUUUUACUGUAUAUAAACAAAGACUGAAUGUGAUUUUCAAACGUGUGGAAUUGUCUGAAAAUGAAACAUUGUAGUAUACUGUAGUAUAGAUGUUGUAGAACUACUUUUUAAAUUUAUGAUUGCCGUGCAAUUCGGGUGUGAAGAAUUAACAUAUGAUUGUAAAAACGUUUUAAACUUUUAAUACUAUCAGUGGGCGUGGUCACCAGAUUCUGCAAUACUGCUACAUGCC